AUGGGUAAUUGCCUUCCUACCAUAUUUGGCGGAGAGUCCCGCACUUCUCGUUCUCAUUCCGCUACUGCUUUAUCUAGAACAAGAAGACAAGGUGAUGGCACACAAAUGAGUUUUUCUAACCCUAUAAUGGAAACUAUGUCAGAACAUUCGAGUGCCUAUGUUAACCAACUUUAUGCUGCUAAUAUUGCUCGUCAAAGCAGUGCAAACACUGAGGGGAAAGAGCUUGAAGAAGCUCGUAAGAACAGAGUCAAACGACUACUGGAACAAAUCCCCGCUGAUAUUUUCCGCUCUGACAUGAAAGCCACUGAAUGUGCUAUAUGUAUGGUGGACUUCGAAGUUGGAGAAUACGUCCGCUACCUCCCUUGCAUGCAUUUCUUCCAUCAAGAAUGCGUUGAUGAUUGGUUGUUGACGCGGUCUUUCACUUGCCCAACUUGCAUGGAGCCCGUGGAUUCUACAAUACUCUCCUCGUUAACUGCUCACACACAGCAAUCACUGCAUGACUUGGCUUGUUCGCCAGCAACCCAAUCGAAAUGA